AUGAUGAUCUCGCCAAACACCGCCUUGCAUAUACGAGCCACGGAGAAUUUUGUCGAUCGAGACGGCAUUCCACGCACUAGCGGCCAGACGUGGUUAGUGGCCAAACCGGGUGCAUAUCUUCUCGGGGUGUACGAGAAAUUGGAGGGUCAGCGUGAGGCGUCCAUACUAACAGACAAAGUCGCACUUCAUCUGCGCGCACUGGAAUCCCAUGUGGAUCAGUUCGGUCGACAACACCGUCGGGGUGAUGAAUGGCUGGUCACAUCCCUGGACGUGGACAGCUAUAUUUGCGGUGUACAUCAAGAAGUUGUUGGUCUAGUGGAUAUCACUGUGCUUACAGCUCAUCAGUAUUGUGUGAUCGAGAAUCCGGUAGAUGAGACUGGAAAACCGCAACUUGGCCGAAAGAAGUUGGUGCAUGGUGAGGCUUCGUUUUUCCUCCGUCCGGGUGAAAAAUUGCCCUCUGGUGUGCAAGAUUCCUUCCUACUCCAACAUGAUGAAGGUUUAAUAUUGAGCGCUAAUGAACGAUUCGUUGAUAAACAGUCUGACGGAAAAAUCCGUAUUGAAGGCCAGAGUGUAAAAAAAGAAGUUAUUCGUUAUCCGGGCGAUCGGUGGAUGAUUCGUGGACCAAUGGAGUACAUUCCACCCAUUCAAGUCCAGGUGGAACGACGUUGUAAGGCAAUUCCAUUGGAUCGAAAUGAGGGCAUCUAUGUGCGUAACAUGCGAACAGGUCAUGUACGUACUGUGAUUGGUGAAGCAUAUAUGCUCAAUCAUGAGGAAGAGCUGUGGUCGAAACCGCUACCACCUGAUGUGAUGCAGUUACUAUCCCCGGAUCGUGAUCCAUUACCAGAUCGUGUGCUGCUUGCACCAGUCUUCCCUAGGACGGGAUCUAUGUUAGGCGCGUCACCACCUGCUGAACCGCGGGUGAUCACGUUCCAAGUUCCACACAACGCAGCCAUGCAAAUUUACGACUAUAGGGGAAAACGUUCCCGCGUGGAAUUCGGUCCAUCUUUGGUAAUGCUCGGGCCUGAGGAACAAUUCACUAAGUUGAGUUUAAGCGGAGGCCGACCAAAGCGCCCGCACAUGAUUCAAACGCUGUGCCUUAUGCUUGGCCCAGACUUUUUCACGGAUGUUGUUGUCGUAGAGACAGCUGAUCACGCUCGGCUCUCAUUGCAGUUGUCCUACAAUUGGCAGUUUGCCGUACCCACGCCUUGUCCAAAGGAGGAAGCCACCAAAUUGUUCUCUGUACCGGAUUUUAUUGGAGAUGCAAGUAAAGCAAUCGCAUCACGAAUUCGAGGCGCGGUGGCGGCAGUAAAUUUCGACGGAUUUCACAAGGUACAUAAAUACACGUGUGUGUAUGUGUAA